AUGGCAGGCCCUAAUCUCGAGGUCUUCAAGUUUGGGAUGUAUAUCCUCUUCCCUAUCAGCAUCAUGUACUACUUCGGCACGAACCUCGACGGCAAAUUCACCGUCCCUGAUUUCUGGCCCAAGCCCGGCCAGACGCACAAGAUUCCGUAUGACCGCGAAGAGAUUGCCAAGGAGCUGGAGCGACUGAAAGCGAGGAAUCUUGAAAACAAGCGCAGGAGAGAAGAGAGAGAAAGGCUGAGGGAGAUGGGUGAGAGCAGGGACGAGUGA